GAACACUUCCGGUCACGUUGCCAAGGAGGCGGACUCAUGUUUGUGACGAUCCCGGAAGUUGUUGUUUCUCUGUUGUGGCGCGCGUGUUUUUAGCUCUAUCGCCUGAAACAUGGAGCAGAAAAAUGAUGGGAGCUUGGCCCAGGUUCGCCAUGUUGUGUUGGUGCUGUCAGGAAAGGGGGGAGUGGGGAAGAGCACCAUCACCACAGAGUUAGCCCUGGCUCUGAGGCACUCAGGCAAGAAGGUUGGGAUUCUGGACGUGGACCUGUGUGGGCCCAGUAUUCCCCGCAUGCUGAGUGUGGGCAGACCAGAGGUGCACCAGUGUGACUCGGGGUGGGUGCCGGUCUACACGGAUGCUCAGAAGAGUCUGGCCCUCAUGUCCAUCGGUUUCCUGAUGGAAGACCCGGAUGAAGCUGUGGUGUGGAGGGGCCCGAAGAAAACAGCUCUGAUCGGCCAGUUCGUGUCAGAUGUGGCGUGGGGGGAGCUGGAUGUGCUGCUGGUGGACACGCCGCCGGGGACAUCUGAUGAGCAUUUGGCUGUACUGGAAAAUCUCAAGAAACAUAAAGUGGACGGAGCCGUUCUGGUCACCACGCCUCAGGCCGUAUCCACAGGGGACGUGAGGCGAGAGAUCACCUUCUGUAAGAAGACCGGUGUUCGCAUCCUGGGGAUCGUAGAGAACAUGAGUGGCUUCGUUUGCCCGCACUGCUCGGAAUGCAGCAACAUUUUCUCAAAGGGCGGCGGUGAGGAGUUGGCCAAACUGACUGGAUCAGUGUUUCUAGGUUCUGUGCCUUUGGACCCUCUUCUCAGCGCCAGUUUAGAGGAUGGUAAAGAUUUCAUAGAGACGUUUCCCGACAGCGCCACGUUCAGCGCCAUCAGCCGCAUUUCCCAGACUUUGCUCCAGAGCCUCGAAUCGGACUGACUUUCUGUGCAGAACAUGAUGCGGAUGUGUGUACUUGUACAUAGAACAUAAAGAUAUUGGUUUCAUUCUCUAAA